AUGGGAGCUGUGGUGAAGCUAGAACACAAGCAGGUGGACCUUAGAAGACUUGCCGAUUGCAGCGAGUACUUCCGAGCCUUAACCCUGUCGAGGAUGAAGGAGAUGUCAGAGAGCUUCAUCUGUCUGGACCACGUGCCCUCUUCUGUGUUCCACAACCUUCUGGAGUUUUCCUUCCAUGAUCGCUUCAUACAGCCCCAGCAGGAGGAGUUAGCAGCUCACAUUCAGGUGAGCAGCUACCUACUUGCUAAGGACUUCCUUUCAAAGUGCUUGUCCAACUUGCUCGACACUCUUGGUCCAGAGGACUGUCUGUCCUGUCUGAGUCUGGCUCAGGAGCUGUGCUGCGAGGAACUGAAGAUGACAGUCUUCACUUAUCUGAGCAGGAACCUUCUGGAGCUGCAGCUCAUCAGGAGUCUGGAUGAAGAUGUGAGGCAGCAGCUGGUCCACCUGAGGGCCGAGGGCACCCCACGACUUUGCAGCCUCAGGAAGGAGAACCUGACUUCCUGGAGCGACCCAGAAACAGAAGGAUCGAGGCGCAUCUUCACCCUGAGAGAGUCAGAGCAGAGCACAGAGUGGUGUUCCCUCACCGAGUUUCCCUUUAGAGCGGACAAGUGGUGCUUCACUGCGGUGGUCUUGCACAACUACCUGUACAUCAUCGGGGGCUUUAGAGAGCGAGUGAGGCGAGGAUGGGAGUUCAAGAUGGCUUCCUUCAGGUACAACCCCCUCACCCACACCUGGGUCCACACGGCUCCUCUUAUCAAGCACCGCCGACAUUUCAGUGCCGUGGCCUGUGACGGAUGUAUUUACGCGGUGGGUGGCUGGUACUUGGACUCGCUGGUAACACCUGACUCCAGCACUUCUCUGUACACAGCUGUGGAAUGCUAUGAUCCAUGGAAGGACACGUGGAGGUUUGUCUCUUCGCUGCCACUCACCGACUUCCAGUUCACCAUGUCCAUGUCCCACGAUGUUCCACUGGCUGCUAGUCUAGGCCCAAAGCUCUUCGUGUUGGGGAACAUUCAGCGAACUGGAGAAAAGCUGCUUCUCCAGUAUGAUACCCGACAAGACUCUUGGACAGAGUUGCUUCCCACUCUGACCAGAACUGACGCGGACCUCCCCACUCUUUACUUGUUGGGCGUCACAGAUGAGCUGCUGGUGAUCGGCGGGAACAACUUCAACAAUGUCCUGAUAUCAUUUUGCGUUAAAUCCCAGAAGUGGGGUCAGGCACGAAGAGCAACUAAAGUGUCGCUAGCUGGCCAGGGAACUGUCUCUGGUGAUGAAGUCUUGAUGCCAAGUAUAGAGCACAACACCGCUGUCAAGCUGGAUCUUCAAACUCUGGCCGUCACACCACUUCCUCUUUUACCCGUCUCUACCUGCUAUGAUGCAGUUUUUCACCUCUGCUUUUGAUAGUAAUCCUUACCGUCCAUUGGGAGCCAGGUCAUGGAGGACAGAGCCACGGAUGCAUUAGCAUCAGCAUAGUUAAGCACAAAUCUUGACAGGUAUUUCAGGGUUUCUGCCAGGAUUUUUUUGGUGACAAUAAAAACACUAGUUUUUAAUUAUGAGAUAUAAAUCUCGCUUCAACCAGCAGCGGCCUGUCUCUUCACGUUUGUCCGGAAUGUGCAACUUGAGCUCCAUAUUCAACGAUGUUUCAUUAUGAUGGUUCAGUGAAAAAC